AUGGUCGUCUUAUCCCCACAAGGGUUCUGCAGCCAGCUCGACAUGGCUUUGGCCGGUCACGUCGGUCGCUCGUUGCCGGACUGCUUCUCCAUCUCGGAGGCGCACGUCGUCGGCCUCUUCCUCGGCGUGCAUCCUUCGGAACGACUACCCAAUGUCAGUCACAUGGGGGGGGGGUCGAAGACUUGGAGAAGACGGCUGAUCAGUAGGGAUCACAGACGAAUGGAUGGACCUAUGCGUCGGUGUAUCAGCAACGGUUGCGCAACAAGCCCGGGCCAUGGGCCGAGAUGGCGGUGUUGCAUACACAGGUCGUCAUUGCCCAACUCGUACGCCUCUACUCCUCGCUGGUACUCUCAGGCUGCAAUCGUCACGAGUGCUCAUCCCGCCUCUCUUACACUCGGGUGCAGUACCUGCGACCGGAUCCGACGGUCGGAGCACCCCCACUACCGAGCGAAGGCGACUCCAUCACCGCCUGUGCGAAACAACACGAGCUCGUAAAGUCAGUCAUCCAUCCUGCUAUACUCAACUUUACGAGCGGCCAUGGUAUUCCAGAGGCUCUACACGUCUGAAGCUGCGACCGACAAUCCGAGCUCAUUCCUUCUCCUCCCCACCUCGCAGCGUAUUGUACAAGUACCUCGUCUCGGAACAGAAACCGACAGGCUCACUCGUACCUUUGUUGCUUCAAGUUUGCAACGAUCUCCGUCUUCUUUCGAUAGCCGUCAGUCCCAUCCUCUCCUCAUUCGAAUCGCGAAGUCGUCGCGGCUGACCGAACAGAUUUGACGUUGUAGGCCGACGACAACUAUCUGGCGCAGAAGCAGAAACCACGGGCACUGGAAGAGACGUCGAGGUUACUGCAAAAGUGUUUCUCAGCAUGCUUGAACGAUCGGUAAGCUCACAAUCAGCACCAUCCUCCUCACAUAGUCUGAACUAAUCGUAGCGCUGCGCGACCUCGCAUAGGAAUGGGAGUGUCAACGAGUCCAAGAAACCCGGGACCUGGUACAUGGCUACACUACUCUUCAAGACGUACUUCAGGGUCGGUUUUGCCCAGCGUAGAAGCCCCUUUUCUGAGGGUAAAGGCUUACUCGGCCCAUUUCGCUCCACAGCUCAAAUCGUCCCAUCUGUGCAAAUCAAUCGUCCGUGGCAUCAACGCCGCCGGAUUGACCGGAUUCGCCGCUAUACCCAAGGGACACCAAACCACCUACACAUACUACAUGGGUGUCCUCGCAUUCUUGAGGGAGGACUAUACCGAGGCCGAGGUGCAAUUCUCGAACGCUCUGGGUAUGGUGCAUCAUCGCGCCUUUAAAAACAUAGAGUGCGUACACGUAGUGUUAUGUAUUACAAGCAUGCACUGAACGAAUGCACCUCCCUGCAGACGAAUUCUAUCGUAUCUUAUCCCCAUCAUGCUACUGCGAGGUAUCUUGCCUACCCAACGGAAUCUCAAAAAAGCCGGUCGAUUGGAGACGAUCUAUCGCCCCUUCAUCGAGGCGUACAAAUCGGGGAACGUACAAGCCUACGAUCUGCACCUGCUGUACACGGAAAAGCGGCUCAUGGAACGGGGGACGUACCUCGUCGUCGAGCGCGCGCGGGAAGGCGUCGUGCGGAAUCUCAUCAAGAAGGCGUAAGUUGCCCCUCGCGAUCCUAUGACUUUGUGCUGAUCUUAUGAAUAUCACCAUUCAGAUGGAUCUUGGAAGGGAAGCCACCAAGAAUGAGCGUUGCCGAUUUAAGGCGGUAUUGCAUCGCCGGAUCAGGGGACGAGACCGUCGAUUCGGACGAGAUGGAGUGCAUCCUCGCCAACCUCAUCGGCAAGGUCAGUGCCCAGUCUUCCCGAUGCCAAGCCUAUCAGACUGAUUUCGGUUCUCGAAUCUCGAUCCUUGGUGUUUUUCUCGAUCAGGGUUUCAUCAAAGGGUACAUCUCGCAUUCGCACGGCAUGGUCGUUCUCUCAAAGGAUCGACCCUUCCCUUGGUCAGUUUUCCCCACACCAGCUUUAUGGGCCUAGAGAACUUCCUUUUGUGGGGAAGCAAUUCACUGACGAGGAGAAAGGUGUCUCACCUCGCAGGGCGGCACCUUAUCGACCACUCGAAGCCGCUGCCCGAGCAGAUCGUGAUCGCAGGGAAGCCGAAAACGCCAAAAAGGUCGUGGUAUCCGCGGCGGCAAACCCUUAA